GAUCUGGGCACUGCAAUUUCCAGCAUCUGUGUGAUGGCUUAUUGUCUCAAUCAACUCAAAUUUCUCGCCACGCUAGCCCGCUGCGUAUUUAAGCCACAUAUUCGUUGCAUCUCCCUUUCAUCGGCCACGUACACUUCGAUAUUCGCGAGGACAAAUUUCAAGCAUGGUUGCCCAUUUUAUGCAUAUCGCCGACCUCGUCCAAAACAACAGACCUCCACGCUCGACCAGAGCCAUGGCCAGGUCCAAGCCCAAUUCGAAGGCCCACCUAUACUACUACGCCUGUCAUUAUUUGACAGGAAGACGCACCCACGCCACAGCACGUAAAGGUCCAGAAUAUCUGCCUGUUCCCCACUACAUCUUCCCACCACCAUGGAUUCUAAAACCAGAAACAAAUUACACCAGGAUGGACGUCGCUGUCAGCCGUUUGCUGGACGCUGCGGCUACCCUCGAAGGUGGCGACUUUUUCCUGGGACCCUGCAGACUUCGACUGGCAUGCGCUGCCACACAACUCGGCGAAUACCCCGAAGGCCCCCCGCCCGCGUCGAUCCUCGCCACCGUGCCUAUCCCGCACGCCGCCGUCCGGCCCACGCACGUCCUCGCGAUCCCGUACCUCCCGCUCCCGUCUCCCGGACACCCUUCCCCGCGAAAGAAACACCACAUGCUCCCCAUACACGACACCCUCUUCCUCGCCAACUGCUCCAACCUGCCCGCCCUCCCGCGCGCGACGCUGAGCCCGCUGCCCCUCGCGCCGACCGAGGCCCAGCCCGAGCCCCGCCGCUCCCUCUACACGCGCUCCGACUUCCGCCUCUUCCGCCUCCCCGUCGUCCGCCUCGAGGUCCUCAGCCCGGACUCCGUCCGCAUCCUGCGCGACUUCUUCUACAAGCCAAACUACUGCGUCGUCUACAUCAAGCUCCUCGGCCCCGGGCCCUUCGCCGCGCUCAAGGACGCGCUCAAUCCCUACAUCGAGGGCAUCUCCCUCGCGUCCGUCGUCGAGCGCGCGCUGCGCGUCAUCGCCGUUUACCUGAUGAGCGGCGACCGCAAAGAGGUCCUGGCGACGCUCGUGUCCAUCCGCCUGCUCUGCCACACGAUGCUCGAGCUCGGCAUCAUGCACAGGGCGCUCUGGAGCUCGCUCGACCUGUACUGGGACGUCCUCUGGCAGAUCUUGUGCGAGAAAGACGGCAGGACGGAGAGCGAGCUGGCCUCGAAUCGCCAACCGGGACCGCGAAUAGCUCUCUCAGACUUGCUCGCCCCUACUGGAGACAAACGCGUUUGAGCUGUAGAUUGCUGUUGAUUGAUCGCGCUGCGAGACCCUCGUCCUCCCUAUUCUCUGUUGAAUAUCCUGUGUUUGAAUAAAUUUGAGCGUCAUCGACCGAAUACCGCACUGCAAGGCUCGUCCCGAGUGCAGAAGAAAUGGAUGCGCGCUGUAGUAGUGCUAUAGUAUUGCCUGUUCUAAUCGAUAGUUACAAAUGAGGGGUACAAAGAUCUAAAAGGUACAAUAAAAGAACACAAACAUCGCACCCACCCAGGCGUGUACUGUAUAUACAUAACCAAAAUUAGCAGUGUAUGAUACUACGAGGCGCGCGAAACAACAACAUGCGGGUGACUCAACAUCAACACGACACGGACACAGACAGCGAAUAGCGACAUAAAAAAGCGAGGCAAAACAUCGAAAAUCGACCAAGAGAAAACACAGAACAGAAACAGAAAUAGAGCACCGAUCCAUCUCCAGGCGCGCCCGUUCACCGCCCCUCCCGGCCUGGCCUCCCCGCAGAAGGCGCCGCCCCGACGCCGGGCACGUCCAUCUGCGACAUGAACGCCGUCCACGCCUCCGUCAGGCUCAAAUCCCCGCUCUGCCGCAGCACGCGGUCCUUCGUCCUGUCCCGCGCCACGGGUGUCCGCGGGCGCGCGAACACGACCUCCGUGUGCGGUACGCUCCACCGCAUGCGCUCCGCGGGUUCAGCCGACGCGCCCGGAUUCGCAGCGGCCCCGCUGUUCGCUGCCCGGUGCUCGGCGACGUUUUGAUAGGAGCUCGGGUACGGCAUGGAAGGGGGCGCGGGGUACGGCGUCUCGGCAGGAUGCCUC